AUGAAAGGAACCACAUUAUAUCGAAAUUGCUUGGUGUAUAGCGAAACAAUGAAUAGAAUUUGGUAUUCAUUUUUGUUUACUGCUAUAAUCGUUGUAGGAAAUACAAUAGCUGUUGAUGUUGCAAAUAAUACGAUAAAUAAUGAAGUUCCAAUGAAUUCCUUAUCAACAAAUGAUAAAUCAACCACGAAGACUGAUAGUACAGAAAACAAAAUUACAGUAGAAAGUCACAACAAUGAGGCAGAUCUUGGAACCAAAGAAAAUCCUUUUGAUCCUUCGAAAAUGGCAAAGAUUCCUGAUGAAAAUUCAAUAGGAAACAUGAAAUAUUAUUUCAUUCUUCUAGUUUUGUCAAGUUUAUCAGUAAUUUCAGUGAUUAUCUUCAAAGCUCUUCGUUUACGUAAAUCUCGAGCUGAAAUAAAGUAUGGCGCAUCCAGUGCAAAAGACAGAAGUGAAGUGGAACCUCUGGGAAGAUCUAAUUGGCUUGAAGAGUCUUCCGAUGAAAACGAGGAUGAAAUAUUUGACAUAAACUUUCUUAAAAACACAAGAACUCAUACAAACAAGGUCUAGUCAUGAGAGAUUGUUGCUCACAGAUGAUUGAUUCACUAAACAGUUACGAAUAAGAGUUAAAUAUUUAGAUUUUAAAAACUUUUUGUUUCUUUUCUUCCAUUCAGUUUCGUAAUAAUCUAAAGUGAAAUUUUAUUUUGCUAAAUUAAUCAUGAACAAUUUUCAUUCUCCACCCACGCAGUAGUUUUUUCUUGACACUAUGAUUAUCUUUUACACUUAUAGAAUUUCUAGUUACCUAAACUUUUUUUUUGUUGAAUCAAAGAUUGUUUUAUUUUAAUUCUUCUAAAACCUUAUGAAGCUAUUUUUCAUCAAUGCGAUAAAAAAUGUGAUAUUUUUGGAAGAGAAAAGAAAAUAAUAAAUGAAAAUUAAUUAAGAAAUAAUUAAGUGAACCUAGAAACAGAGACGUAAAAAGGAGCAAGACAUUGACCUGGAGGAAUAAUUAAUCUUUCGGGAUCUACCUGAAAAUUCGUUUCACUAUUCUUAUUUUUCAACUCAGUUUCCUGUUUGAUUUUUAUACCUCCAAGAAUAAAUAACGCAAAAUAUGACAACAUUGCAAAAUAAUCGACUAUUAAUUUUAAAUUCUGUAUUGUCACAUCAAAGCAAUAUCGACCAGUGACGAUCGUUGUCGUCUUAACAAGAUGACAUGAGAUCAAGUAUCUGUCUAAGAAAUCAAAGUUUUUAUCUGUUUUUGUUUUGUAUUUGAACUGUGAAAACAAAAUAUAUUUUUUUUACG